GUAGAUAAGAAACACAGUAACAACAUAACGCAACAAUGGGAAGUAGAACAUUGCUUUCUCUAUGUCCAACAAUGGCAACUGCUGCUACCUUGAACCGGAUACGAAUUGUUUUUCGGACACAGUCAUUCGGGUUGAAGCAGGUGGCCCGCCGGAGCUACUCGACGAAAGCGAAUAGUGCUCUUCAGCCCCCGGAUGUCCCCCGUUUGGCCGAAACAGCUCGCAUUUCUCUCACCCCAACUGAGGUUGAAGAAUUCGGUCUAAAAAUUCGACAAGUGAUAGACUGGUUUGGUCAACUUCAAGCUGUAGAUCUUCAAAGUAUUGAGCCAGCUAUUAGGGCAGAUACUGAAGGUGACAACUUGCGAGAUGAUUUUCCUGAAGUUUUUGAAAAUAGGGAAGCCAUGAUAGCCGCUGUGCCAAGCUAUGAGGAGCCUUACAUCAAAGUUCCCAAAGUGUUGAACAAGGAAUAAUAUGUUCAGGGCUUACUAAUCAAUUGUAGGCCUUCACCCUCUCCGUUCCCAUCUUUUUUUUUUUGUAGGCCUUCACCCUCUCCAUUCCCAUCUAAUUGACUUAAAAACCAAAAAUGGCCAGCAGCUUUCCAUUUCAUUCUUGUUUUAAAUUUCUUCUCUGCAUUUUGUUCCUAGAGGGAGUUGGCAUGUUGCCCAGAUUCCCAUAUUCAUUCUGAGCUUUGCAUCAUGGACAAGGAGGUUUUCUAUAUUUUGGUGGAGUGAGCAAUUGAUAUAAAUGCUAUUAUGUAGUAACAAUUGCACAAAAAUGCAUACUUGGCAUGUAAUGUUAUGAAUUUGUUACUUUUUCAUUAUAGGAAAAAUGGUGUAAACCAAUAAACUUAUUUAUACUUUUGGAAAGAAUUAAA